CGAACGGCGGUCCUGCGCUGUGUAUAAUGUAAAUUGUCUGCUGUCAAAAAUCAUCAUGUGUGCGGCCUUUGGAUAAAUAAUACGCUUAUUGUGGUUAUACCUAUGAAUUAUUGGAUUUACAGAGUAACUUAAUUGUGUGUUCCAUCAGUAGAGCGUUUCAUACGGGUUAUUCUGAGACGAAAACUAUUUUAUAGAUACGCGUGACUUAGUCGACAAGACAAGCUUCGAUACCAACAAUGGCUGGGCAACAACAUCCAUUUCCCUCGGGCUUCCCUUCUGCCCAGCAGGCAGCGAUGCGGACCCAAUUCGGAGGUGGCCAAAUGGUUCCUGGGCUCAUGGGAGCUCAGCAGGGCAUGGUGAGUCCCCAGCAAUUCGGUGUAGGUGUUGGAGUUGGAGUAGGUGUAGGAGUUGGCGGUGUUUCUUCAAAUUCAAUGGGAAUGCCAAGUGCUCAACAAGUGCUGGCCCAGCAGCAGCAACAGCAGCAAUCCGUUGCUAUGCAGCAGCAAAUACAGCAAAUGCAGCAGCAGCAGUUACAGUUACAACAGCAGCAAGCUGCUCUUGCCCAACAAAAUAAUCAAGGUGGAAGCCAAGCUACAACACCUCAAACUCCAGUACCACCGACACAACCACCAGCCCAGCAACAGCAGCAAAACAAAGAAUUUAAUACAGCUAGUUUAUGUAGGUUUGGCCAAGAAACUGUACAGGAUAUUGUUAGCCGCACCCUCGAAGUCUUCCAAACGCUCAAAGUUAUACAGCCACCUAACGGCACAGCACAAGGUGCUAAUAUAGCCAAUGACAAAAAGUCAAAGGUCAUAGAGCAGAUUAGAAUGCUGAAACUACUAUUCAAACGGUUACGAUUGAUUUACGAGAAGUGUAAUGAGAACUGUCAAAUACCUGGAAUGGAGUACACUCACAUAGAAAGUUUAAUCCCAUUAAAAGAAGAAUGGGACAUGAAAUCCGAUGAAAAAAAGACGUCCGAAUCAUAUCGACUGGCAUGCGAAGAAAGCAAAGAAAUAAUGGAGCAAGUUGUGUUGAAGAAUCGACAUCUAAAGGAAAUAAUCGACCAUCUGAGGCGGAUAAUUUCGGAAAUAAACACGAUGUUAACGAUGCGACGUUCCUAGUAUGUAAAUUAAUGCAUUGCAAUGAAAGAUUAAUUAUUGUAUUGUAGCUUUAAGGUUUCGUGUAAUAAUAAAGUAAAUAUUUUAUAAAAA